CGCACGUUAUCCUUCGCUCGCAAGUUGCGUGCGUUCUGUUGCGUUCUGUUGCGUUCUGUCGCGUUCUGUGUGGUGUGGUGCUGAUGGAGAAGUUCUGCAGAGAUAUGCCCAAAAUAGAGUUACAUGCUCAUUUAAAUGGAAGUGUUAGUGAGCAGACAAUAGAAAAGCUGUUGAAGAGACGAGCAGCAACCUCCUCUUCAUCUUCAGAACAACAUGGUGAAGCUGUUGCUACUGGUUGUAACAUUAAACCAGGAAAUGAUUUGUCACUUGAUGAUUGUUUCAAGAAAUUCAGCAUUAUCCACCAGUUGUGCUCAGAUGAUGAGUCGGUUUACAUUAUAACAAAAGAUGUCAUUCAGGAGUUUGCUGCCGACAACGUCAAAUAUUUAGAACUUCGUACGGGUCCUAAAUGCAAUUCUACUUCAAACAUGACCAAAUCAUCUUAUUUGAAAAGUGUUCUUCAAGCCAUUAGAGAUGCUACUACUGUGAAAACAAGUGAAAUUAUCGUGAAACUGAUAAUAUCGAUUGACAGGGCCAAGCCAUUGCAAGAGGCUUGGGAAAAUUUACAACUGGCCAAACAGUUUAGAAAUUUUGAUGUGGGGAGGGAAGAUAUGGGAGAUGUGAUUGUGGGGCUCGACCUUAGUGGACAUCCUUCCACUACAGAUGUUGAGAAGUUCAUUCCAGUCUUGCAAGCUGCAAGGGAAUCUUCUUUCAAACUGACCAUUCAUGUUUCAGAGAUUGCAGGUCGGGAGGACGAAUGUAGAAAACUGAUCUCUCUGAGACCCCAUCGGCUUGGACAUGCCACCAACUUAUCAACUCACCCAAAUCAGUGCAUAGACAUCAUUCAGAAAAUUCUCAUUCAAAACAUACCGCUAGAGAUCUGUCUAACGUCGAAUCUCAUGACCAGCACGAUAGCGGAUCUUUCCUCCCAUCAUCUCCAAUACUGGCUGGACAAGAAGCACCAGUGCAUCAUCUGCACUGAUGACAAAGGUAUGUUCUCGACCAGUUUAUCUAAGGAAUUUAUCUUGGCUAGCACAACUUUCAACCUAUCAAAGGAAGAGGUCUGGUCAAUGAGCCGAAAUGCUGUGGAGCACAUUUUCUCUUCUGAACAUGUUAAGGAACAAUUGAGGACCAUGUUUGCAACUUUUAUUUGUGAUUGAAAUUUUGAAUUUAGCAGUUCAAAAAAUACUUAGUCGUAA